AUGGAUCAUCUGAAAAAAGGGUGGAGGGAUUAUAACCAGUGUUUUGACAAUGAGACUGGGUUGGGUUAUGAUGCUGGAACUGGGAUGCUUGAGGUGCCUGAUGAGUGGUGGACUCGAAAGAUUGCGGCAUGUCCCCUUGCAAAAACCUUUAAAAAUAAAGGUUUGCCGAAUCGUGACUACCUGAACAUCAUGUAUGGAGGCACGGUUGCAAUGGGGAAAAAUGCAUUCUGCACAAGCGGUCAAUUACCAAAGGAAACCACCGAAGGUUCUGGGGACUCUGCUGAUAGCAUAGAAUUUGUUGACCCCCAAUGUGAACCGUUUGUGAAUGUUGACGCAAUGGAGGUUGAAGGUCCAUCAUUGUCGAGGGCAGAACCAGCAAGCAUCUCAAAUGUGAUUGUUGAGAGUAGAAGUGGAAGUACACGUAAGGAUAUUGCUUCCAUAGCAACUACUCAGGUUAAAGCCAUUUUGGACAUGGUGUUGAGUCUUCCAGGGGUGUACUCGGGUCAUUACCUUCAUCUGUUUAGCACCAUCUACUUCAUGGAAAAAGAGUGGGGUAGGCACAUGUUUCCUGCCCUUGGCGAUGACAAGGAUAUCCAACUGAAGUGGCUAGAAAAAGAGUACCAAAGGCACCCUGAAUUUCAUUUUGACUGA